CAGAUUUUUCGAGGUUACCACAUUGCCACCCCGUCAUCGACAUAUAAUCAUUGUAUAUACUUCUGCCAAUAUUGACAUAUAAUCAUUGUAUAUACCACCGCCUAUGAUCACUUGAGGUGCAAAGCUAAACAGAUGACCACCGUCUCUGCCAUAUGUUCAUUGUAUAUAUACCUUACCAGCUAGACAAACAUCUGUCCAACGUAAUCCAAUAUAGAUCAUUAUCUAACACAAAGCUGUAGACAUGCUGGCGUCUUCUCGGCUGACUUUUUUUUCCUGCUCUUCGUUCAGACAUAAACUGCGAUUGCAUUCACUAAACCCUAGUUCUUUAAACCCUAAAUCUUGUAUUAGACCAUCCUUCUUUGUCACGAAACUCAGCGUUAAUCUUCAUUCUGAGGACCAUUUCCCUUUAAUGGAGCGAUUUUGGAGUGCAACUUCACGUGGGAAUAGCUCACUCGUGGAUUAUUUGCAGCAACACGGAGUUAUCAAAUCCAGUAAAGUAGCAGAUGUCAUGAAGAAGAUCGAUAGAGGAUUGUUUGUGCCUAAAGGAAACCUACCAUAUUCAGAUACGCCCAUGCCAAUUGGUUAUAAUGCCACAAUAUCUGCACCACACAUGCAUGCUACAUGUUUGGAACUGUUGGAGGAACAUUUACAGCCAGGAAUGCGUGCGUUGGAUGUUGGAUCAGGAACUGGCUACUUGACUGCUUGUUUUGCAUUAAUGGUUGGUCCAGAGGGUCAUGCUGUUGGUGUAGAACAUAUCCCUGAAUUGGUGACAGACUCAAUAGACAAUGUGCAGAAAAGUGAAGCAGCUUCUCUAUUGGCAGAGGGAAGCUUGUCUUUGAACUUUGGAGAUGGUCGUCAAGGCUGGCCAGAUUUGGCCCCUUAUAAUUCCAUUCAUGUUGGUGCCGCUGCCACAGAAGUUCCCCAACCACUUAUUGAACAGUUAAAACCAGGAGGGCGCAUGGUUAUUCCUGUUGGUAGAUUCUUUCAAGACUUGCAAGUCAUCGACAAGCAGGUUGAUGGAUCUCUAAAAGUUCGCAUCGAAUCAUCUGUUCGUUAUGUUCCUUUGACUGAUCGUCAAGAGCAGCUACAACGCUUCUGACUGUGCCUUGCUGCUACCUGCUGCAGUAUGAAAAAGUAAUGAGUGGGAUCAAAAUGAAAUUUUUCUACCUCCCGCGGUAUGAAGAAGUAAUGAGUGGGGUCAAAAUGAUUUUUUUUUUGUAAACAUAUGUCUAUAUAGUAGAACUACAAGGUGUCAUUGUUCAUGCACUUCCAGUUGGAUUCCUCUAUUGUAAAUAAAAGAGUGUAAUUUACUGGAGGCUAUGAUUGUAGUGUGCCUAUACUAUUUGUGCAGCUGUGAGUUGUCAUGUCUAAGCAUUGUGCAAUACUGUAUGAUUCUCAAUGUAUGGUCGACAACAACAAAAUGUAAUUUUCUAUAAUUUGUGCUCGAAAUUCUCUCUGUGCAUCAUGAGCAGGUGGUGCCCAAUGGGCAUAUUAAGUAUACGAUAUACCAUUAUCUGUUUCUAAUUGUAAAAUGCCGCAAAAUGUGCAUGUAAACAUUUUCUGAUAGAUGAUCUCAUCUAUUACCAUUACAAUUCCAACUUUUUUUUAAUA